CAAUCGCCACAUCAGUUGCCUAUAACGACCACAGCAUCUCUACUCAGAAAAUAAACGUGACAACCGAAAAUGUCUGGAAGAGGAAAAACCGGAGGAAAGGCCCGCGCCAAGGCUAAGACUCGCAGUUCCCGUGCUGGUCUGCAGUUCCCAGUGGGCCGUGUCCACCGUCUCCUCCGUAAGGGUAACUACGCUGAGAGGGUCGGCGCCGGAGCCCCUGUGUACCUGGCUGCCGUCCUGGAGUACCUCACCGCUGAGAUCCUGGAGUUGGCUGGAAACGCCGCCAGAGACAACAAGAAGACCCGUAUCAUCCCCCGCCACCUCCAGCUGGCUGUCCGCAACGACGAGGAGCUGAACAAACUCCUCGGCGGGGUGACCAUUGCCCAGGGCGGUGUCCUGCCCAACAUCCAGGCCGUCCUACUGCCCAAGAAGACCGGCCAGUCCGCGCCGAGCUCCGGCAAGGCGGGAAAGAAGGCCUCCUCUCAGUCUCAGGAGUAUUAGCUUGCUGGCUAAUAACUUUCACCCCAACGGCCCUUUUAAGGGCCACCCACCCCUCAUCGAAAGAGCAAAUGUCCUUGUUUGUUGCUGUCGUGUUUAAUUUCUCUUUUUUAUUUAAUAAACGCUUGUUUUGUAAAA